AUCACUUCCGAUAAUUAAUCUGUUUUAACCAAAUAAAGCUAAUUAAAGUCAGGCGUCUUUUCUGAAAAUGACGGAGAUUGAGGAUGAGAGAAGCCCGCUAUUAAACUCGGAGACCCGCAGUGAAGACACAUUAGUUGAGACACUGCAGGAAAGUCGAAGCCGCUGGAGAUCAAUCCGGGUCAUGUAUAUCACCAUGUUCCUCAGUAGUUUAGGUUUCUCGAUUGUAAUAUCUUCAAUAUGGCCAUUUCUUCAAAAGGUGGAUAAAACUGCAGACACUAGUUUCCUUGGAUGGGUUAUUGCUACUUACAGUCUGGGGCAGAUGGUUGCUUCUCCAUUGUUUGGUGCAUGGUCGAAUUACAGACCAAGAAAGGAACCACUUAUUGUAUCAAUUUUUAUUAACGUUGCUGCAAAUGUACUUUAUGGCUAUGUACACACCUUUCCAUCACAUAAUAAGUACUAUAUGCUGCUUAGUCGGGCAUUUAUUGGAUUUGGAGCAGGAAAUGUGGCUGUUGUACGAUCAUAUGUUGCUGGUGCAACUUCACUUCAGGAAAGGACCACUGCCAUGGCAAAUAUCAGUGCUAGUCAAGCACUGGGUUUUAUACUCGGGCCAGCUCUACAGGCUGCUUUGACAAGCAUUGGACAGACAGGAGUGUCUUGGCAUUUAAUUGACCUUGAGUUGAACAUGUAUACUGCCCCGGCAUUCCUUGGAGCUUUCCUGGGUGUGGCAAAUAUUGUACUAAUUGUUGCUUUAUUCAGGGAGCAUUGUGUUGUCAAUUUGGAUAGAAUGAAAAGUAUAAAUGGCAAUAUCCAAGGCAGUUCUGAGGUACUUGAAAAUUCCUACGACGGAAUUGAUCUGAUCGCAGUGGUGUCAUUCAACAUUCUGUUCUUCUUCAUCCUAUUUGUAUUUGCUAUCUUUGAAACGAUAGCCACCCCAUUAACCAUGGAUAUGUAUGCAUGGACUGCAAAGCAGGCAGUCCUGUACAAUGGAAUUCUACUGGUGGGUGUUGGUGUAGAAUCCAUUGUUGCUUUUAUGAUAACAAAGCUUCUUUCGAAAAGAUUCAAAGAUCAUUUGUUGCUGCUUGGAGGAUUUGUUAUAAUUUUCCUUGGGUUCUUUGUUUUGCUACCUUGGGGAAAUCAGUACCCUCCAAUCCAGUGGACAGAUAUUAAGAACACUUCCAAUUACAAUUCUACUGAACUAAAGUAUGAGUCUUUCUUAACACAACCUUCACUAUACCUUAGUGAAGAGAGAGUAGGUUGUCCUGUGCAGCAAGUGUGGUGUCAGCAUAUUCCCAGCAUCCAUCUGGUUCAGUACAUUCUUUCCGCUGUACUGAUUGGCGUGGGGUACCCAGUCUGUAAUGUUAUGACUUAUACAUUGUAUUCAAAAAUUCUUGGACCAAAGCCUCAGGGUAUUUAUAUGGGCUGGCUAACAGCCUCUGGAAGUGGAGCACGCACACUUGGACCUGUGUUCGUUAGUCAAGUUUACACUCAUUAUGGACCUCGAUGGACAUUUGGCCCCAUUUGUGGGGUUGUGAUGGCAGCUAUAAUACUUAUGGGUCUGAUAUACAAGAGACUCUCACGAUUCUCAAUCCAGUAUCAGAGACUGCAGUAAAGAUGGGCCAAAGAGAAUAACCAUUUUGUAUCCAGCCUUGGAUAAAAAAAACACACUGAUGAAACCUAACUGAUUGCACUUUACAUUUUAUAUGGGCUGCUUCAAAUAAGUGGUAGGGGAAAAACUGCAAGUGUUAUUUUCUGCUUUGUAUCUUGUUGUAACUUACUUGAUUUUUAUUUAAUAUGCAACUUACCUAAUGGAUUAACAACUUUUACACUAAAAUUGAUGCACUGAGAGAGAUUUUGUG